CAGUUUGCUACGACAUCAUGGAAGGCGGCGGGGGCAGCGGCAACAAAACUACAGGAGGUUUGGCUGGGUUUUUUGGAGCUGGCGGAGCAGGUUACUCGCACGCGGAUUUGGCUGGCGUCCCAUUAACUGGCAUGAACCCUCUGUCUCCUUAUUUAAAUGUGGAUCCACGAUAUCUCGUGCAGGACACAGAUGAGUUUAUUUUACCAACUGGAGCUAAUAAAACCCGGGGCAGAUUUGAACUGGCCUUCUUUACCAUUGGAGGAUGUUGCAUGACAGGGGCUGCAUUUGGGGCAGUGAAUGGUCUUCGGCUAGGAUUGAAGGAAACUCAGAACAUGGCCUGGUCCAAACCAAGAAAUGUACAGAUUUUGAAUAUGGUGACGAGGCAAGGGGCACUUUGGGCUAAUACUCUAGGUUCUCGCUUGCUCUAUAGUGCAUUUGGUGUUAUCAUCGAGAAAACACGAGGUGCAGAAGAUGACCUCAACACGGUAGCAGCUGGAACCAUGACAGACAUGUUGUAUAAAUGUACAGGUGGUCUCCGAGGGGUAGCACGAGGUGGUCUGGCACUAUAUAAUAACUGGAAGCACAUGAAAGGCUCCUUCCUCCAACAGUCACUCUGAAGAUUUUGCCAGCUCAUAGAGGACACUUCAGUAGUCAUCCAGAUCAAUUUAUAAGUCAGUCUGGAAUUAUUCUCUUCUACCUACAAUUAAUUUGAAAAAUUGGAGAUUCUGGUUUGCUGUGAUGAAGAUCAUGGAUGGUUGACCAGACUGGCACUCCUUCCAGCCAGUGGGUUGAAGCUAAAACCCUUUGGUGGCUCGUGGUUCUAGUCCUUACAGAAAGUCUUGUACUUAACUGUUCUCUCCUCCUUCCGAACUGGAAAACCACUCACUCCCAGAAUUCAGGUCCUGCUUGUCAAUACCACAUCAGCAAGUCUGUUCAUUUAAUGAUCAGAAUGUAAUGUUGCACUGUAUUCUGAAUAAAGGGUAAACAUACAGAAAAAAA